AUGACCUACGUUCACACACAGAGGACGCUGCGCCUCAGAGGUGAGGAGGUGACGCGCCUGCAAAAGGAGUUGGACGACAAGUCGAAAGAGAUCGAGCGUCUUAAGGCGCUCCUUGAGUUGGUGCGGAAGAAGCGGCCGUUAGUGGCGGGUGGCGCGCGUGCCGAGGAGGCGGAAGAGAAUGGUGCUGCAGGUGCAGGUGCAACGCGGGUGACGCCGUCCCUGGCGCUGUUUGCCGCAACCGCUGACGAUGGCGUUGGGCGUGGGCAGCCUGCGAGGAUGCUGCUGGAGCUUCGGCAGAAUAUCGCCUCCCGCGACACCGUCAUUGACGGUCUUCGCAUGGAGCUGGGUGCGCUGCGCAAGGCGGAGAAAGACAUGGACGAAGCUCUUCACGCAAAAACGACGGAACUGGAGGAGGCCCGUGCACUGUGUGCGAGCUUGACAGCCGAUCUGAGCGCCAAAGACGCGAGGAUUGAAGAGCUCCAGAAACGCUGCGUUGCUACCACACCUGUGGGGAGGACAGGUGACACUCGCAACAGUAGUAUAAGUCAUGGAAUUGAGAAUCCAGACGUUGUACUUCUCCGCCAGAAGCUCGAGGAGUACAAGCAACGCUGUCGAGUCGCAGAGGCUGCAGUUAGUGCCACUCGAGCGCAGCUGCAGUCACUGGAGAUCGGUGCUUUCUCGUCUCGCCCUACUGCCAUAGAUCCGCCGCAGCAGCAGCAAGAGGCUGGCUUGCGUGCGGAGUUGGAGCACCUACAGCGCUGUCUCCAGAGAGAGAAGGAUACAAGUGCGGAGUUGGAGCGGCAUUGGCGUCAACGGCUUGAUUCUGACCGUCGCAUGACGGAAUCGGAUGUAGAUACCGCCAGGUCAGAGGCGGAGGCAUGCAGGCGUGAGGUGGCGCGGAUGCAGCGGCAACUCACCACCGCCAGUUUCGCCGAGGCACAGCUUCAGGCUGCCCGAAAUGAAAAUGACACACUGCAGCAGCGUGUGGUGGAGCUUCGGGAGGAGAACUCCGCACAAGCCGCGCGUGAACGUGAGCUGCGGAACGAACUGCGCGCCACAAAGGAGGUGAACGACCGCCGUGAGGACGAAGUAGUGUCGCUGCAGCGCCGUCUGAAGAUUGCCAAGGAUAGCGAGGGUGGGUUGCGAGAGGAGGUGGAGAUGCUGGAGGGGAAGCUGGAACGGGCGGAGGAGCGGUUUCGCGCGGUAGAGCGCGAGUCGACUAUGCCACAGCGCGUCGAUGGCGUGGAGCCGUCGGCCGUGCCACGUGAACUGAGUAGCUACGCCGCACUCAUGGCGCUUAACACGCAGCUGCAGGAGCGGCUUCAGUCGCUGGAGGCGGAGCUGCGCACUGCGAAGACUGCACCCGCAUCUGAGGAGGCUAACUCAAAAGUGGGAUCGGCAGCGGUAGCAGCAACCGGAGGAGGAGACGCCGUUGGCGAGCGCAUUGCUCGGAUCGGGGCGGAGGUGGCGGAGCUCAGGGAGGGGCUGCAGCGCACCGGCGCCUCCCUCCAACAACUGCAGGCGGAGUUCGCUGCCUCCAGUGUGUCGAAUGAGCAGCUGCAGGCGGAGCUGCAGAGUGUUCGCGGCGCGUACGGUGCACUCUCGCAGCGUUGGGGAGAAGUGGCACGGGAGCUCGCAGGAAUCACCGACGGUGGCAGCAGCGGCGAUGCCAGUGAGAGUGGCGCGAAGGAGGUCCAGCGCCCCCCAUCAGCACGCAGGAAGCCCCGCGCCGACACUCGUCGUGGCCGUGUACAGGAAUUACCGCAGCAACAAGAAGGCCCGACGGCUGAGCCAUCCAAGGCCGCAGUUACGGUGCAGCACAAUGACGAGGAGAGGUGCGCUGAGCUGCAGGUGGAGGUGCAGCGUCUUCGCGGCCUCCUUUGCAAACGUGAUGAGGAGCUUCAGCGCGCUCGCACAAGCCUUGCUGCUGCCAAGGCGGAAGCCGACGUCGCCCGGAAGCAAGAGGCGGUCUACGAGGAGCUGGUGCGUGGUGUUGGUGAGCGUAAAGUGUCGUCGCUGCGGGCGGCCCGCAUAGAAGCAGCGCACUGGCGGCAGCAAGUGGCGGAGCUGCAGCGGUUAUGCGAGGAGCAGAAGCACACCAUCGCCAACUCCCGUACGCCACAGAAACUGGCCGUACAGGAUGCGCCACAGUCCGCCUCCUGCAGCGGGACUGUCUGGGACGACGAGUACAUCAUAGAGGAGGCGUUGCGGCAGGAAGCAGCGCGGCUAGACGCAGAGUUGGGCGCGUUGCGUAGCGAGUUGCAGACAACGAGAGUGGAGCUCGAUCAUUGGAAGACGCUCGCAGUGGGUGCGACAACGACAGCACUGUGUGAAAGUGAGAAGGGCCAGUGUGUGAAGGACACAUAG